AUGCACACUGUGCAUCCCGACGGUGACGAGGGGAUACGACAGACGGAUUCCGAUGCUGCGCUAGCCAGAUUAUCUGCCGUCCAGAAGAGCUACAUCUCAGACCCAUUCGUGCGCUACCUCCUUCCCCGCGGUGCACACCUGCAGCCCCCUCGGCCUCCGCUGAUCAACGUCGGGACGUACGUGCGCUCCGAAGGGAUAGAUCAGCUUGUGAACGGAUGGCUCGAGCUCUCCGCCAAGGAGGGUCGACAAUGUCAGAUCGUGAGCCUGGGUGCAGGCAGCGACACAAGGUUUUGGAGAAUCGCCGCCGGCCCGCGUGCGGGAACGCUCGCGAAAUACAUUGAAGUCGAUUUUGCCGAGAACACCACCAAGAAAGCAAUGGCAAUCCGGAAGAGCAAGGACCUCAGCGCACUGCUAGGGAAAGCUGAGGAUGUCAAGCUGGAAAGUGGUGGAACCUCGCUGCACUCACCACGGUACCACCUACUAGCUGCUGAUUUGCGGCUGAGCCCAAAUGAAUCGCUGGCACCGAUCAUGACGAAGUCACUUCCAGGAAGCGACCCAUUGCUGUCCUCUGACCUCCCCACCCUGUUGAUCUUCGAAUGCGUCCUUGUAUAUAUGUCUCCCGAAGCCUCUGAAAGCCUCAUACAAUGGUUCGUCGACUACUUCUCGACGUCCUCGAGCGGAGUGCUUGGUGGCCUUGUGUACGAGAUGUUCGGCUUGCAUGACUCCUUUGGCAAGGUUAUGCUUAACAAUCUGAAGGCUAGAAAUGUCUUGCUACCGGGCGUCGAGCCUUAUCCAGACCUAGCGUCGUUACCAGAACGCUUCACAAGACACGGUUUUACGACCUCGUAUGCCUUCACUCUGCGCGAUCUUCGAAGGGUUUGUAUAAGCAAGUCCGAGCUGGAAAGAAUCUCGCGUUUAGAAAUGCUUGAUGAGAUUGAAGAAUUAGAACUCGUGUUGCAGCAUUACGCUAUUACCUGGGGUGUAAGGCUGAAUAAUCCCGAAGCCCAUGAUUUAUGGAAGGGCUGGGGUUUUAUACAUACAUGA